AGGCGGCGCAGGAACCCACGGCGGGGAGAGGCGGAGAUUCAGGCAUGGCGGGCUGCAGGUACCGAGCCGUUCCCCGCCGGGAGGCAGCUAAGGCCCGGCGAGAAAUUGAGUGCAGCGCCGGUGGGCCAGUACUGCUGGGGGACCCGGCGCACCCUCCGCAGCUGCUGGCCCGGGUGCUAAGACCCUCAUUGCCUGGGGCCGGCGGGGCCGGCAGGGCCCGCCGGCCGCUCCGAGUGCUGGGCCCGCCAAGCCCACGCCCACCCGGAACUCUAGCUGGCCCGCAAGCGCCGCUGCAGUCCUGGUUCCCGCCCGGGUUCCCGCCCGUGCUUCUCCUUCCACACCUGCCCGCAAGUCCAGGGAGCCAGCUCCGGCCUCUGCCAGCCCAGAGAAGGGCUCCCACGGUGCAGUGGCGGGCUGAAGGGCUCCUCAAACGCAGCCAGAAUGGGCGCCGAGGCCGAGGAGGCACCGAGAGCGAGGGAGGGCUGCCAGCACAGUGUCACCUCUCAGUAAGGCCUUGCCAUCACCAAGGUUUUCUCUGAAGAAUCUAGAACCAUGGAGGGUGUGCCAGAAACCUUUAAGAAAAAGUGUAGGAAUUUUGCAGAGCUGAAGAUCAAGCGCCUGAGAAAGAAUUUUGCCCAAAAGAUGCUUUGAAAGGCAAGGAGGAAGCUUAUUUAUGAAAAAGCGAAGCGUUGUCAUAAGGCAUACAGGCAGAUGUACAGAAUUGAAAUUCGAAUGGCUCGGAUGGCAAGAAAAGCUGGCAGCUUCUAUGUACCUGCAGAACACAAAUUGGCAUUUGUCAUCAGGGUCAGAGGUAUCAAUGGCGUGAGCCCAAAGGUCCAAAAGGUGUUGCAGCUUCUUCGCCUUCAUCAAAUCUUCAAUGGAACCCUUGUGAAGAUCAACAAAGCUUCAUUUAACAUGCUGAAGAUUGUAGAGCCAUAUAUUGCAUGGGGGUACCCAAAUCCGAAGUCAGUAAAUGAACUUGUCUACAAGUGUGAUUAUGGCAAAAUCGAUAAGAAGUAAAUUGCUGUGACAGAUAACACUUUGAUUGCUGGAUCUCUUGGUAAAUAUGGCAUCAUUUGCAUGGUGGAUCUGCUUCAUGAGAUCUAUACUGUUGGAAAAUGCUUCAAAGAAGCAAAUAACAUCCUGUGGCCCUUCAAAUUAUCCUCUCCACAAUGUGGAAUGAAGAAAAAGACCACCCAUUUUGUAAAAGGUGGAGAUGCUGGCAACAGGGAGGACCAGAUCAACAGGCUUAUUAGAAUGAACUAAGGUGUCUUCCAUGAUUAUUUUUCUAAUCUGGUCAGUUAAUAAACAGUACAUGCUCUCAGAUUAAAAAAAAGAAGUGUAUGAUUUUUUGUCUUUCCUUUUUAAAUGUAUUCCACUGAUUCUUUGGCAUUUGCUGACUCUCCUCUAUGUUCUGUGCGAAUUCACCUUCCAUUCUUGUUUGUGUCUGAGUGGUUACUUUGCAUUGUCAGGAGUAUCUCCACCUCCUUCCCACCCACAGAGGAUUAUCAGUAUUUCCAUCAGAACUUGCUUAGAUUCCAUCCUUUCAAUUGUAAUCAGCAUCAAUUGUAUGUUUCCAGCUUUCUUCCCAUUUAGGAUUGUCAGAAUUUGUGCAGUUGCUGAAACUUAGAGAGUUGGAGUUUAUUCAUUCACCAGUAUUUAUUGAACUCCUCAUAUGUGCCAGGUGCUAAAGUACAGGGUUCCUGCUCUCAUGGAGCUUUCAGAGUAGACAGGCUCUGUAAAAUGCCUGUUAUUGUUGUCCUCUCCCCAGGGAUGGCUGAGGUGCAUUUCUCCCUGCCCAGCCUCCUUGUCCUGCAAGUUCUCUGACAUGUUAAUGAUGUGGGAGAAAGUUUCAUACUCUGCUUUAGCAUAGAGGUGAGAGCAAAGAGAUACCCAUUAUCUCCUUUACUGCACAGAACUCAUUCACUCCAUAAUUCUUGUUGUUGUGUUGCGACAUUGCCUCUUGGCUCCAGCGGCACUUGUGAAGGAUGAAGCCUUCUCGUUUUUGCCAUUUCUUGCUCAUUUGUGUGUGUGUGUGUGUGUGAGAGAGAGAGAGAGAGAGAUGCACUAGGAGACUUGGCUUCUCUAAGAGCGUUUAUAUUGUAUUAUAAAAUGAAUUAUAUUGAAAUAUAUGGACUUGAUAUUGAAAUAUAUGGACUUUGUAUACUAGAGAGUUUGUGAACCAGAUAAACUGGGGUUACAACCCCGAAUCUUCAGUUUGUUAGCCAUGUGUCUUUAAUCAGUAUUAUUCUAUAAAGUUCUAAGACUACUAUUUUCUCUUCUAUAAAAGGGACAAAUACCUCUCACUUUGGAUGACUGCUAUAAGAAAAGAGACAAUGAUUGUAGAGUCCCUGGUGUAGUGCCUCAAAUUUAGCACUGGAAAAAAUGAAAGCUCGUAUAUUGCCUUAUGCAAUUGAUCCUCUUAUUUGUGUUCUAUGCUAUAAAAGUCUAUCAAUAUUUAUUGAUUAUAUGCCAUAAAAUUUCUGGGCAUGAUUCAGAGAUUAAGAGAAAAUAUCCAGAUGGCAUUAUCUUUUGGGGCAGGGAAAUCCACAGAG